UAAAAUUUUCGGCGUCCUCCGCCACUGCUAGCUCUGCAUCUGCACAGACAAAUUCAUGGGGCUCUCACUUCACUCUCAGGAGAGCAAGGAUGGCAGGGAGACGAGCGCAAGUCGCCAGGUGCUCCGCAGGCCGCAGUGGCGUCGAGGAUUCUGUGGCCGGCGGCACCUGCUGCUGGUAGGAGUAAGGUGUCCAGUAAUCAUGGCGGCGGAGGCAGCGACCGCUGGCGACUGCCGCAGGAGGAGCCGCGCUCCAGCGGGUGGCACCGCUGCCGGAAACGAUGAUGGCGAGGAGCAGCAUCUCAACCCCUUCCUCGACGCAGCUCCAUCCGCCUCCUCGAGGGUCCAGUUCAGGAAUGUGGCCUCACGCGCGCGGUGGGUGGAAGAGGCCGGUGCCGCAGAGGUGGUGGAGAGCAAGGGCAAGCUGUGGCUGACCACCGGCGUCACCCGGGGCGGCAAGCUGUGCUACAACGUCGAGGAGAUAGGGUUCUUGGUUGAAAGGGGUGCCUUGAUUUUUCUCAAUGACAAGGAUGAAACGAUAGGAACAGAAGCCAUUUAUGAAAAGAUUGCUGGAAGAAAAUAUGGGUGUUCCUGGGAUGCCUUCCAAGCUUAUAAGCACUUGAAAUCGCUUGGUUAUAUUGUUGGACGAUAUGGUGUCCCCUGGACGAUGAAGAAUAGCGGUACUUGUGAUACUACUGUUCCUCCCAGUGUGGUGCACACUGAUCAGAGCUUCAAUAGAGUUGACGGCACCUGCAGUAACAUAACCAAAUUGCUGAAGGAAAUGCACAUUGAUGAGAUAUCUCCAUCCUUUGAAGUGUAUUUGCCUAACAGCAAAUUUAAAAAAUCAUCCCCAGGCGCCCCUAGUUUCCUCUUAUGUCUGUUAAGGAAUAAGCCCCCCUCAAGGAUUGAAUUGGAAAUGGUGGAAAACAAUUUUGGGGGUAUUCCUCUCAAGUAUUGACAUGUGGAUAAUGGGCGGGUCAGCUUUCUUUCAUUCGACAAAGUUACUCUUCCAAGAUUGCCCUGAUGGAUGAUGUGUAGCAGGCAUAUUUGUUAGCGCUCCUUGUUGUCACCGAUCUUGUAAUUUACAUAGAAAUAGCGAGAUCUUCAUUCUGUGAGAUCUUUGCCUCACCAAUUAUUCUUGUUUGAAGCAUGGUUAGUUUUGUUUUUGUUUUG